UUAAGCUGAUGCAAAAAACUUAUUUUUCUACUGCCGGAAUACUGAUUUAAAGACAUUAUUAAGGAAAUACAUCCACAGUUGUAAAUAAUACUUCUAAGUGAAACAAACAACACGUAAAAACUAGGAAGAGAAUCCUAUCCUAAUCUGGUUCCAUCGGCAAGAAAAGAAUACCCUUUACAUCCGAUUACACCAAUUGUUUCAACUCCAAGACAAUAAUUGAAGUCUAAGACGAAAACAUAAAGAAAACAGAAGCCGGUUACGCAACGCUCUCUUCGCGAAUUGGAUGGGUAAAUUAAAGACCAAUUCUCCCCUCUCUCGUCGCAUCGUUCGCUCCUUCUUAGAUUUCCUCAACUCUGUUGAACCUGCUCCGGGGGUUGAUAUUGAAGGCCUUGAAGUUGCCAGGGAAUGUUUGGCAGAGGUGUUUAAACUUGACUCAGCUUCUAUAAAUGAUGUGAAACCUGAUGUAUUAGUUGACAUAUUCAGUUCAUUUGAAGCAAGCGAGGAUCUGAAUAAAUCAGAUCUAAGUCACAGGGGAACUUCUGAUAAUGCUUCAGGUUUGUCAUCUGCCCAUGAUGUCAGAGGUGCUAAUUCCUUGGAGGCAUCAAAACUGGGGGAUAAUUGGACAAGGGAACCUCAGCUGGCAGGGGUCUCUGACGAUGAACUCUUUGGGCAAUUCUUUGCUGCACUAGAGAAAAUUCACUUUUUUAGGGCCACCCCUGAUGGGAAUGAUGAUCCUGCCCAACUGGAUAAAGCUACUUGUUUAUUUCAAGAUGCUCUAAAUGAGAUGGAAAGAUCUGGAUGUCAGGCAUUUGACUGUAAAAACCUGGCUGAGACAUUUAAAUGUCAAGGUAACAGGGCAAUGCAGUCAAAGCUAUACUCUGAUGCGAUAGAGCUGUAUUCUGUUGCUGUUUCUCUUUGCAAUGAUAAUGCAGUUUAUUAUUGUAAUAGGGCAGCUGCUUAUACUCAAAUUCACAAGUACAAUGAAGCCAUUAGAGACUGUCUUAAAUCCAUUGAAAUUGUCCCAGAUUAUAGCAAGGCAUACAGUCGUCUUGGUUUAGCAUAUUAUGCUCAAGGCAACUAUUCUGAUGCGAUUGAGAAAGGAUUUAAGAAAGCCUUGCAAUUGGACCCAAACAAUGAAUCUGUGAAAGAAAAUAUUCGGGUAGCCGAGCAGAAAUUGAAAGAUCAGCAGCAGAGGGCAGAGUGGGAUCAGAGUGCUAGUUCAAGUCAAGAUGAUCAAGGAUCUAAUAACCAUUCAACUGAAUCAAGGACAUCAUCACCUCCAUUUACAAUGCCUUUCGACACAAGUGCCCUUCCCACCAACAUUGCGAGCAUGCUUAUGAAUAUGGCUAGAAGUGCAUAUCAGGGACAACCGUCUCAAAACAGGCGGGGGGAAGACAUCAACGUGAAUGGAUCAGAAGAACCAGGAAUAAGAAUAGGUGGGAACAUCAACUUGAAUUUUGGUGAUCAAAUGCAAAUCCCAGAGGAGUUAACUGGAGCUUUCAGGUCUGUGAUGGAAAUGUUCUCAGGCUCAUCCCCUCAUGGAAACACUCAACAUACAAAUGGAAGAUCAGCCUCAAACUAAACCAUUGUACAAACACGUAUCCUUAUCUUUAGUUUUUAAUGGGUUAUGCUUUCAGUUUUAACCAUUAUUCUCAUCGGGUUACCCAUAGAGUUGAGACAAAGUAACUUAGAGAUAGUAAUUUUUGUUGUUUUAUAGAAAGUUUAUAUCAAAUCCCUGACUUUGUAAUUCGUUGCAAAAUGAUUAAGUUAAUCAGGUAAGGUGAUUUUGAUUAGAUAUCACCACCCUGAUUCACUGAGGACAUUUCUUUUGUUUGGAUAUAGGUUGAGGAUGUUC